AUGGAGAAAGACAAAGUCGCUCUGGUGCAGAGCCUGAUCGACCUAGUCAACGAAAUAGCUUCGAUCUCCGACUACAGGUGCACGGUCAAGAAGCAGUACUGUAAUUUGGCGAGGAGGUUGAAGCUGCUGACGCCAAUGUUCGAGGAGAUUAGGGAUAGCAAGGAGGCGGUUCCUGGGGAGACUGUGAAGGCCUUGCUUUCCUUCAUGGAGACUCUGGAAUCGGCUAAGGACUUGCUCAGAAUCGGAAGCGAAAGCAGCAAGAUUUACCUGGUCCUGGAAAGGGAGCAAAUUAUGAAGAAGUUCCAUGAGGUGACAUCUCAGUUGGAACAAGCUUUAAGUGGAAUUUCCUAUGAAAAUCUUGACAUAUCAGAUGAAGUUAAGGAACAGGUUGAACUAGUUCUUGCUCAGUUCAGAAGAGCCAAUGGAAGGUUUGAUUCACCAGAUGUUGAGCUCUAUGAGGAUCUCUUAUCCCUUUACAGUAGAAAUGAUGCAACAACAGAUCCAGCUGUCCUAAAAAGAUUGGUUGAAAAGUUAGAAUUGACAGGGAUAGCUGAACUUACACAAGAGUCACUAGCUUUGCAUGAGAUGGUUACUUCCAGUGGUGGGGAUCCUGGAGAGAGCAUCGAGAAGAUGUCAAUGCUACUGAAAAAAAUUAAGGAUUUUGUACAAACAGAAAACCCCAACUUGGAUGCUCCUCCUGCAACAGAAAAGAAUAUAUUAGCAAGUUGCAGUGGACAAGCAUCUACUGACAAAAAUCACAAGGUUCCCCCAGUUAUUCCAGAUGAUUUUCGCUGUCCAAUAUCAUUGGAGUUAAUGAAGGACCCCGUCAUUGUUUCAACCGGGCAGACCUAUGAACGUUCCUGUAUUGAAAAGUGGCUUGAAGCAGGGCAUGGGACAUGUCCGAAAACGCAACAGAACCUCUCUAAUACCACCCUCACACCGAACUAUGCUUUACGUAGCCUCAUAGCCCAGUGGUGUGAGGCAAAUGGCAUUGAACCACCAAAAAGACCCAAUGCUCGACUUAAUAAAACUGCAUCUGCCUGCUCGCCUGCAGAACGUACUAAGAUCGAAAUUCUCCUCCACAAGCUGAUGUCAGCAAACCCUGAAGACCAAAGGUCUGCUGCGGGUGAAAUCCGGCUUCUUGCCAAGCGUAAUGCAGAUAAUCGUGUGGCUAUUGCGGAAGCUGGUGCAAUCCCCCUGCUUGUUGGCCUUCUUUCAACCCCAGACUCCCGCACCCAGGAGCAUGCUGUGACAGCACUUCUCAACCUUUCCAUAUGCGAGGAUAACAAAGGAAGCAUCAUAUCCUGUGGAGCAGUUCCUGGUAUUGUUCAUGUUCUCAAGAAUGGAGGCAUGGAAGCUCGGGAAAAUGCGGCCGCUACCCUUUUCAGCCUUUCUGUUGUUGAUGAAAAUAAAGUUAGAAUUGGUGCUUUGGGAGCCAUUCCACCACUUGUAACAUUGCUAAGUGAAGGUACUCAAAGAGGGAAGAAAGAUGCCGCUACAGCACUUUUUAACUUGUGCAUUUAUCAAGGGAACAAGGGGAAGGCAGUAAGGGCUGGUGUUGUUUCGACACUAAUGCAGCUGCUGACAGAGCCUGGAGGUGGAAUGGUGGAUGAGGCACUAGCCAUUCUAGCAAUACUGGCCAGUCAUCCUGAAGGGAAAUCAGCCAUUGGAGCUGCCGAGGCAGUGCCAGUUUUGGUUGAAGUUAUUGGUACUGGAUCUCCCCGAAACAGAGAAAAUGCAGCUGCAGUUUUGGUGCAUCUUUGUUCCGGAGACCAACAACAUAUAGUAGAGGCUCAGGAACUUGGGGUGAUGGGUUCAUUAAUGGAGUUGGCACAAAAUGGCACAGAUAGAGGCAAGAGAAAGGCUGCACAGUUGCUUGAGCGAAUAAAUCGGUUUGUUGAGCAGCAGACACAGCAGGCUCAGGCACAAGCCAAGGCUCAAUCUGAGACUGAGACCCAGCAGUCACAGCCACCCUCCACAACAAAUGCUGUUGACAGCUGA